UGGCGGGAAUAGUCAUGUGAUGACAUUAGUAGUUGUGUUUCGUGUUAAAUGUUAUUAACUAUUUGAUUACAGCACAAUAAAUAAUAUGCACAUUUGUCUAUUCCAUUACAGUUUAAUUAAACAUCAUAAUAAAUCCAUUUAUUAUAAUCACUAGUAAAACGCAUAUACGCUAUUAAUGAAACUAGAAAAUUCAUAACCUCGAAAGAAAAGGCAGAUACUUAAGAAUUGUGUGUAAUUUGUGUUAUCUACAAGAAUCUUCAUAAUGGAUAUCGUAGCAACGCAAGUUUAUGAAGAUUACGAUUCCACGCCGACACAAAAAGUUUCUUAUUCUACUCAACAAGAUAACGUACAGAUUGGAGUGCUAUGCAUAGAUUCUACCACAUUUCCAAUUAAAAAAGGAAUUAAUCAAAUUGGCAGACAUCCAAAUUGCUGCAUAGUAUUAGAUAAUCCAACCGUAUCUAAGAAACACGCGGAGAUCGAGGCUAAUAGUUGUGAAACUGCAUCAUGGAUUUGUGACCUGAAUUCUUCUAACAAAACAAAAUUAAAUAAUUCAAUUUUGAGACCAAACCGUUGCUACGAGCUCAAAACUGGAGACGUAUUGGAAUUUGGUUUGGUACGAGCAAUUUUCAAAGUUUCUCCUCCAUUGGAUGAUUCCUUAAUACCAGACACACCAGCAUUAAAUCAUCAGAAAACCCAGCAAAGGGUCAUUCCAGGGACACCUGAUUCAUCAUUGAACAAUUCAUCCGCAAACGUUUCUCUAAUUCCUGCCACCCAAGAUGAAAGGAAAAAAUCUGUAUUUCGAUAUCCAACAUUGCCUCUGAGGACUUCUACUACCAGCAUUCGGAAAAGCGUUCAAAACUCUUCUAUCGAUGAUCAAGAUAAUUCUCAAAGUUUCGGUGUAGAAAAACAAAACGUAGGUGAAUCGAGAAUUAGUAUUUACGACAUGGAGACGCAAACCUUUUCGUGUAAUUCUUAUAAUGAAACGAAUAUUGAUAGUAUUUUAAAUAGCAAAAAUCUUACAAAAUCUGUACAGGAACAAAAUGAUAUGGGAAAGCAAUCGAAAAUAGGAGCACCAGAAGAAGUUACUGAUAUUCAUGAUAUAGAAACGCAACACGAUAUAGAUUUUCAUGAUAUUGAAACAGCCAAAAAGAUUAAUAUUCAUAAUUUUAAAACUCGAGAUAAUAGUAUCCGAGAUAGUGAAAAACUUGAAGAGACAGGAAUUGAAGAAGAAAAAAAUUCAACAAUGGAAGGGAGAAGUAAUGUUAAUAAUACAAUAAUACAAGAAAAGAAAGAUAAUGAUAGCACAUCACAUUGUAAUAUCACUAAUAAAGAUAAAAAUAAAAGUGAAAAAUUGUCAGAUAUUGAGAAUGAUUUGCAAAAACGUGUAGAGAUUGUUGAAACAAGCGAAGAUGAUGCUUCCGAUUUUGACAUGAGUCGAAAUUUGCUUAGUCCAAAAGAUUUAGAAGAGUUUGAAGAAUAUAUUGAGGAUGAUAGCCUAUCCGAUGAAUUAAAAUCAAGAUCACCGACUUCUAUAAAAGUUUCAUGCGUAAAUGAUGAUAGCGAUGUGAACAGUAAAAGCAUCGAUAAUGAAAACAUAUAUGAAGCAGCAACACAGGUCAAUAAAAUUGAUAAGAAUGAUUUCAGAGUACCUUUAGUUGAUGAUUCUGAUGAUACCGAUAAUGAAGUUGUAUUUCAAAGGUAUUCGCGCAAUGACAGCCAAGAAAGUAAAAAAUCUUCAAAGAGUCAAGCAUCUAAUAGCGACGAUUCAGUUACGGAUGAGGAAGGUCACUUCACAGAAAUAGCUGCAAAGAUGAAAAAAGCUAUAGAAACUUCAUUAGAAAUACGAUAUAACAGGAGUAAAGAAAUGAAGAACAGUAAUUCAAGUAGAGAUUCUGAGGAUCUGUUCAACAUGCUUACUCAACCAUCAAAGAAGAAUGAAGAUUUAUCAUCCAAAUGUAAUAAAAAACUAAAAGAUAAUGAAGAUGAAAAUGAAGUAGAUUCUGAUAGUCCAACACAAGUAAUUGACAAGAAAAGUACUAAUAUGGAAAUAAGUAAGAAUAUAGGAAUAGAAGAGAUCGAUGAUAUGGUAUCAACUCAAAUUCUUCCAAUGAAUAAAUCUUCCUUUAGAGAAACUAGUUCUAUUAUUUCAAUCAGAAACAAUAAAAAUUCAAGUGAAGAAGAUAUUACUGAAAUGGAAUACAACAGACCUACUCAGAUAAUUAAUACUGAAGAAAAAGCGCUGUACGCGAGCAAUAACAAUCGUCUUAUUUCGUCAAAUUCUUCGGUAUUAAUUACAAUGGAAGAAUAUAAUACUGAAAACAUCGAUUACGAAACGGCAUGUACUCAACCAAUUGGUGAUAUUGAGAAACAAACAUCUGUGCCAUCAGUUACUGAUAAGAAUGAAAACAAGUCAAAAUCGACUACAAUGAAUUUUGAUGAUAGCGUAGAAAGGAAAUUGAAAGUAAUGUUUGAAAAUACAAUGGAAGAACAUAUUGAAGAUCAACCACAAAUAUCAAUACAGGCUCUUGAAAAUAUAUUAGAAUUGUCACAAAGUGGGGAUGAAUCACCUAAUGUAAACAGCAAUUCAACAGCUAGCAGAAAAGCAAAGAAAUCUAAAAAAGGAAGAAAAAGCAAAACAGCAAUAGUUAAGACAAGUCCCAGUUCUGUAUCGCAUAAAAAAAGUUGUAAUUCUCCUCUUUCUUUACGACAACAUAAUAUUGCAAAUUCAGAGUCUGUCAGAAAUAUAAUUAACGAAGAAAGUGAAAAAGAAACUGAAGAUUUAUUAAUAUCAAACUCUAUGCCUACAGAUUUGUCAACGCCAAAAUCUACAAUUGAAAAUCCAUUGACUCCAAAAUCUGUGUGUAAAUAUCCUUCAACAUCAAAAUCUCCCAAAGAUCCAUCAACACCAAAAUCAUUAAGGCAAAAACAUCUCAAAGAAUCAAAAAUAGUUAAAACGUAUCAAGAAAAAACUAAUACGGUUAAAAACGAUAACGAUAAAUUAAAGAAUUGUGUAGAGAAUGUAGAUGAUCAAGAAUUGGGUACAUCGAACGGUGAGCAACUUCAACAAAUCUCUAAAAUACUAAUAAGCGAAGAUGAAGAUAUAUUAGCCGGUUUACCUGAAGUCAGAAUUUCAGGUACUUUAUCGAAUCCACCAAGCCCAACUAUGUCUGAAUAUAGAAUCAAUAUUAAUAAAAAUCGGGCGAAACAAAUAUCCAUAAAAAUUGCGCCAAAAAAAAGAGGAAUUUCACGAAAAUCAUCACGAAAAACACUCGAUUAUAGAAUUAUAGAAAAUGCUACUCAUACUAUUAAUGAACCAAAUUCCAUGGCUACUUCGGAAAAUUCUUCAAAUUCAUUCAUAAACAAUCUCAAUGCUGAUAAAAUAUCGGUCUGCGAAAAUUAUGAAAAAAAAGUAAGCGAAAAAUCCAAAGGAUCGAUGAAAAAGACUAAAAAUUUAUGUAGCUCCAAAAGAAGUGAUUCUCUUCCGAAAUUAAAAUCAAUUAAUUCACAAGAAAAGACAAAGCAGAGUCUUUCUAUUCCAAGCAAUAGAAGGACUCGUAAUUCUGUCAAAGAGAAUGCUGAUUUUUCAUCUGUUUUUCAGGUGGAAAAGGAAGUACUAGUUGAAAAAGUAGCUGCUGAACCUGCGAUAGAAAAUGUGGUAAGAAAAUCACGCUUUAGGAAAAGAUCACUCAGUAUGACGGAUGUCGAUAAUAGCAGUCCGAAAAAGUGUAAAAAUAUUAAUGACGAUGUGUCUGUUGAAAACAAAAAUAAGAAAAUAAUUAAUGGAAGACAAUCUGAAAAUAUUCUUGACUUUAUUGUUAGAAAAAACUUAUCAAACAAUGGAAAAAUGAGUGAAGAAGCCAAUUUAAAUAAAGAGGCGAUUGUAAAAGUCGAGAGAAUUUCUCUAUCUACUCCAACAGGAUCAAUAUUAAAUACUUCAACUGAAUCGGUGAUUGAAAAUGAUAACAGAAAUAGAAACAGACAAAAUCGAUAUAAAAAUGUUGUAAAUAGUCAAAUCGCUUCAAGUACUUCGACUAAAGAAAAUGAAAAAACUACCCAAAAUGUAGAAAUGCGAAGAAAUACAAGUCGAAGGGCAACAAAAAAAAAUAAAUCACCAGCUGAUGAUAUCAGUUCUGAAGUUGGUGAAGAAUCUCAAGAAGUAGAAAUGAUCAUGAAUGGUGCCCUCAAAGAACAAAAUGCCAAUUCAAAUACAGAAACAAAGAAAGAUACACAGAAAAAUGCAAGAAACACCAGAAUGCGAAGCACUAGAAAACGUGGGAAUACAAAUGUUUAUAUAGAUACAGAUAAUACGAAGACCAGUAGUAUUUCUUCCGUUUUAUCUGAAUCUGAUAACGCAUAUUUGGAAGUACCUAUUUCGAGGAACAAACGAGCGAAAGUCACUAAAAAUUCUUUGACUGUAACUAAUACUACAGUAAAUGAAUACAUUAAAGAAACAACGGGGAGAAACAAACGAUCGACUAGAUCAACCCGAGGUCAACAAUCAGUUACGGAUUCUUCUGUAGAAUCUAUUGCUGAUCAAAUUAAUUUAAAUAAUAAUACUAAAACUACUUUGGGUGUAAUUAACACUAUGGUAAAUAAGUCCACUAAAGAAACAAAAAAAAACGACAAACAAUCGACUAGCUCGUCUCGAAGUCAACAAUCAAUUAUGGAUUCUUCUGUAAAAGAAAGCACAGAAACUAUUACUAAUAAAACUAAUUUAGGUAAUAGUACUAAAAAUACUUUGAAUGUAAUUAAUACUAUGAUAAAUAAAUCUACUAAAGAAACAAAAAGAAACAACAAACAGUCGACUAAAUUGUCUCGAAAUCAACAAUCAGUUAUAGAUUCUUCAAUUAUAGAUUCGAUAGAAGAAAAUACAAAAAAUAAUCGAACUGAUUUAGGUAUUAGUAAAACGAAUAGUUUGAGAAAUAAACGUCAAACGCACACGACAGGAAAGGCUAAAAACAAUAAACAAUGGAAAAAAGAUUUUAUAGAGGAGACAUCUAGUUCAGAAACGAAUACCAGCAACGAAAUUACAUCAAUACUUUCAACGCCUAAUAGAACACGUAGAAGUAUGUCUUCUUCAUUUGCAAUGCAAUCACCAUUGAGAAUAAAACAUAAAAUCUUAUUUACUGGUAUUUCAAGUAACGAUUAUAACAAAUUGUUAACAAAAUUAGGAGCAUCUCAAGUUGACAAUCCAACAAAGUGCACUGUACUGGUUACAGAUAAAGUUCGUCGAACUGUUAAAUUUUUAUGCGCUUUAGCGUUAUCUGUACCAAUAGUUUCAGUUGAUUGGUUAAUUGCUAGUGAAAAAACUGGUCAUUUUAUAGAAUUAGAAAAUUACAUAUUGAAAGAUUCUGCUGCUGAAACUAAAUUCCGUUUUAAAUUGGAAGAGAGUUUAGAAAAAGCAAAAGAACAUAAACUUCUGGAGGGAUACACGCUUGUUGUAACGCCAAACGUGACGCCACCACCACCAGAAUUAAAAAAUAUAAUCAUUUCGUGCGGUGGUAAAGCUUUGCUUCGACCACCGUCAUCAUGGCCUCGAAACUCAAUAAUUAUUUCUCACGAAGAAGACUUAACAAAUGCAAAGAAAUUUCUUGAAAAAGCACCUAAAACUGUUACCGUUCAUUCAACAGAAUUCGUAUUAACUGGUAUUUUGAGACAAGAGUUAGAAUUUACUGAAUUUAAAUUAAUAUAAUUCAUUUUCCUAAUUUUUUAACAAAACAAAUAUAUUAUAUUAAACAAAAUGUGUAAAUCAUCUGUAUAUUUCUUAUAUAAAUAUUUUUUCAAAAUUUUGUAUAAAAUGAAAAGUACAUUGUUAUUUAAUUUGUUUCAAUGUUAUUAUAUAUAAAUACAUAUAUAAAAUAUCUAUUUU